AUGAACUCCUCCAUGCCCAUUUUCACAAACAGUACUACUAGUGAUAUAGCUAGUAAUACUGCUGGUAGCACCGGGGGAAUCUUUUUAGGGAUUUCCUGGGAAUCAUGGCUAGCCAUUGCGGGUGCUCUGUGCACAAUUCUCACCGCAUUCUGGCAGCAACAAAAUAUUGUCUUUUUUGUAGAGAAUGUGCGCGAUUGGGCAGCGAAGAAGAAGCUCGCGGUGAAGCGGUGGUGGCGGUCAAUUCGAGGAAAGACUCCCGACCAGGAAGAAGCAGAAGAAGCCAAAGACAUCGAAGACGAAGCCGGCGCUCCCAUCGAGCUCAGCAUCAGCAUGGCCAAUAGCCACACCACGCAGGUGGUGAACAACUACUACAGCUUCCAUCACGGCCACCCCGCUGUCAGCCUGCAGUUACCGGCUGCAGCUGUCGUGAGGCCUACUAGUAGGACUAUCUCCAACAGCGCUGAGGCACCAUUCCGUACCCGAGUCCGAGCCGCUACAUUGUCCGGAGUGCGGGAUGGUAAUGCUUCACCCCCAGAUCGUUGCACUGUUUAA